UAUAUUAUCAUCAUCAUCAUCAUCAUCAUCAUCAUCAUCAUUAUUAUUAUUAUCAUCAUCAUUCACAUACUAGCGAUAGUUAAAUCAAUAGGCCAUUCAUACUUCAGCGCUGUCCUACGUAAAUAGACCGCUACGCUUCUCUAAAACGGCUCUAAAACACGACCGUAUGCGCGCUCCUCACAAUGUAAGAUAAGAUAAUGAUCUCUAAUACACUAGGAUGAAAUAAAUAAUGUUGCGGACUGCGUCAAUGCUGCAUAUCCAUAUCAUCGUCCUCUUAUUAGCGUAUUUGAAAAAUCAUUCGAGAAAAGGAAAACUUUAUACGCAUAACAUUACACAUAAUACGUCUAAUGCACGUAUACAUCUCGAAGUCUCUUGAUUUUUAUUUUUUAUUAUUAUUUUUUUUCUCUUUUUUUUUUGUUUUAUCUCGACUGUGCCGCUUUUGAUUUUAUAGGCGGAUCUCGCGACGGGCCCCACCACGAAGCGUAGACAGGGCUGCAAAUAUGUAAUACGAGAAUAUGGAGAGGGGUAUGCGUUUAUCCUCUGACCAAUCUCGACUCACACACACAUAUAUAUAUCAUGUAUGUAUGCACGUUCCCUUCACGUUGUACGCAGGUGUACAAGCAUUCGCGAUACCGGAGAGAAGAAACCGGGCCCGUUCCACGAGCGAUCUCUUCGAGCGUAUUUUCCAUUAGCACUCUGUCUCGGGCGAUAAUCACUCGUAACCAGUUAACUUUUUUCUUUUUUUUUUUUUUCCGCAUCGUCUCGCAACACUCAUCAGAACUCAUGUAAUUUUACGUGCAAAACGUGCAUAUUCUGUAUCGAUCACACAGUGUCUGUUGUAAAUAAAAUUGAUUUUGAAGUCUGAAUUUCCAUCGAUCAUUUCGGAGAAUUGUCGCCGACGUUAUGCGAUAAUUAUCGCAUUUUGCCUAUUAUUAGAUUAGAGAUCUGUCCUAUUUAAAUCAGUGUGUCUGUCGGAAGCGGCGAAGUCUUAUAAGAGAAUGACGGCUACCGAGGAAACGGAGCCGUUAAUAUCCACGACGCCGGUAUCUUCUGCCAAUAAAAAUCAAAGAGUCACUUAUCAUACAAUUUCCUUUGAAGGAAACGAAAGAGAUGUGUUGCCCGGUGGAAGUUUCGAAAGCUCUUUUGAUCUUAGACCGAUCUCAAACGCACCGACGGGCGUGAAUUUCAACGAUGAAAAUUUCAGCAAUAAAAUCACAUACACCUGGAGCGACGUGAACGUGUAUUACAGUGUGAAAACCGAUAGGAUUUGGGAUCGAUUGGCGUUUAGGGCCAGAAAAUCCGUCCCGCAGAAACAUAUAUUAAAAGAUGUGUGCGGGGUGGCUUAUCCUGGUGAGCUGCUCGUAAUCAUGGGUGCAUCAGGUGCGGGUAAAACGACCCUGUUGAAUGCGUUGACGUUCCGUUCGGCACGUGGAGUAUCCUCGACCGGUCUAAUGGCCGCCAAUGGACGUAGGAUAUCGCCGGGUAUCCUUACCUCGAGAAUGGCUUAUGUGCAGCAGGACGAUUUGUUCGUCGGCACACUGACCGUCACGGAGCACCUGAUGUUUCAGGCAGCAGUGCGGAUGGAUCGGCAAAUACCUCAAAAUCAGAGAAUCAAGCGAGUUAAUGAAGUCAUCGACGAGCUCGCCCUUUCAAAAUGCCGGAAUACCGUGAUUGGGAUACCUGGCAGGGUGAAGGGUCUUUCGGGGGGCGAGAUGAAGAGGUUGUCCUUCGCCUCUGAGGUGCUGACCGAUCCUCCAUUGAUGUUCUGCGAUGAGCCGACAUCGGGCUUAGACUCCUUUAUGGCUCAUCAAGUUGUCUCCAUCCUAAAAGCAUUGGCGGCGCGCGGUAAAACGGUCGUCGCCACUUUGCAUCAACCCUCCUCGGAGCUGUUCGCUCUGUUCGACAAGAUUCUGCUGAUGGCCGAGGGUAGAGUGGCCUUCAUGGGUACAGCCGCGCAAGCCUGCGCUUUCUUCAAGACACUCGGGGCUACCUGUCCUAGCAAUUACAACCCCGCGGACUUCUUCGUGCAAGUGUUGGCCGUGAUGCCGGGAUGCGAGUUGACUUGUAGACACGCGAUCAAGACGACGUGCGACGCCUUCCGGAGAAGCGAACGCGGAGUAAACAUCGCUCUGGAAGCUGAAGCCAUCCACGGUGAAUUCGAGGAUACCCUCAAACGAUUCAAGUACUCCAAGAACUCUGGCCGAUCGCUUUACAAAGCGAGUUGGUGCGAACAAUUCCGCGCGGUUCUAUGGCGAUCCUGGCUGUCGAUAAUUAAGGAACCGAUCCUGAUAAAAGUCCGCUUCCUACAAACCAUCAUGGUCUCGCUGUUGAUCGGCGUCAUUUACUUCGAUCAACGAAUGGACCAGGACGGCGUGAUGAACAUCAACGGCGCUCUGUUCCUUUUCCUUACCAAUAUGACUUUUCAGAAUGUCUUCGCGGUCAUUAAUGUAUUUUGCGCUGAAUUACCGAUAUUUCUUCGCGAGCACAAAAACGGCAUGUAUCGCACCGACGUCUACUUCAUCUGCAAGACUUUAGCGGAAGCGCCGAUAUUCCUAGCGAUACCGUUGAUCUUCACCGCGAUUGUUUAUCCUAUGAUCGGUCUCUACCCUAAUGUAAAACACUUCUUCGUCGCUACCGCUAUAGUAGCUCUCGUAGCCAACGUGUCGACUUCAUUCGGCUAUUUAAUAUCCUGCAUCAGCAACAAUGUGUCCAUGGCUCUCUCCGUCGGCCCUCCGAUUAUAAUACCGUUCUUGCUUUUUGGCGGCUUCUUCCUAAAUACAGCAUCCGUGCCGUCCUAUUUUGUAUGGUUUUCGUAUUUAUCCUGGUUUCGUUAUGGCAACGCGGCGCUUUUGAUCAAUCAAUGGUCUGAGGUCGAUUCCAUCGCCUGCACCAGAAGCAACGUAACGUGUCCAAAAUCGGGACACACGAUUCUCCAAACUUUCAAUUUCAAAGAGGAGGACUUUUGGAUGGACAUUCUCUGCUUGUUCGCACUUAUCGUCGUGUUCCGCUUUCUAGCUUUUCUCGCGCUGCUAUCGAAAACUUGCCGUUCGAAGUAGCCUCUAUCGUCUUAUAUAGAUGAUGAAAACAUGAUCCGCAAGAAACAAAGAUUUCUUCUAAUCUAAAAGUAGUAUAUAGUUAAUAAAUAAUUUUAAUAAAGUUCUUGUAUAUUGAUCUGAAUAUCUCUCUCAGAAAAAUAUAAAUAUUCAAAAUAAAACGAAUAUUCUGAAAUAAAUUACAAGUUUAGAGAUUUAUUAACAAUAAACGUGAUGAUCAUUAAAUAUAAUUCAUGAAUCUCGUAUCGAUGUUGACACGUGGUGACCGCAUAAAGGCCACGUAAGAGGAACUUGAAAAAAAAUGUGUCUCGUGUCGGAACAACGUGUUGCAGCUACGUGUCGACGUUUCCUGUAUCGGGGUUGACCACUCUUUCGUUCGCAUCUAGAUAUUAUUACAAACCGGUUGCCAUACAUACCGUGUGACCGCACGUUACGAUAUAGGAACGUAAGAAACAAUCUCGAGAGAUCUUUGACUACGUUGU